AUGUGUGACAGUUUGAUGGUGAUAGCUGCGAAUAAUACGCCAAUUUAUCAAGGCUUCAAAGAAGGAGCAAACGAGCUGGAGCUCUCAUUCUGCGCCUACAGCUCACUGGACGUCAUGGACGAGAAAACCACGGAAACGCAGGAUAUUUUCUUGGGCACACUGUAUGAAAAUGAAACACAUCGGGUGUACGGCUACUGCCCCCCGAGCAGGAUGAAGUUUUUAGCACUAUACAAGACGAGCAAUCAAAUUGUAGAAAAUCAGGUGAAAGCGAAACUGCGAACUCUUCAUACAAACUAUAUCAAAGCCUCUGCCAAUCCAUUUUACCAACACGGAACGAUCCUGAGCACUCCUUCUUUUGUCGCUGCUUCGGAAGAGCUCAUGUCUCAAGAUUGA